UGCACUCGGUGUAUGCUCUGAGGAAGAGCCAGGAACUUUAACUUUAACUUUAACUUUUCCCCUGCAGGACAGACAGCUGCGUCCAGAAGAAAUUGACGAGCUGCAAGAAGCCUUCAAAGAGUUUGACCGAGACCGAGACGGCUACAUCAACUGCCGAGACCUGGGGAACUGCAUGCGGACCAUGGGUUACAUGCCCACCGAGAUGGAGCUGAUCGAGCUGUCACAGCAGAUCAACAUGAACUUGGGCGGCCAUGUAGACUUUGACGACUUUGUGGAACUGAUGGGGCCCAAGCUGCUGGCAGAGACGGCCGACAUGAUUGGGGUGAAGGAGCUGCGGGACGCCUUCAAGGAGUUUGACACCAACGGAGACGGGGAAAUCAGCACCAAUGAACUGCGAGAAGCUAUGAAGAAGCUCCUCGGACAGCAGGUGGGACACCGAGACAUUGAGGACAUCAUACGGGAUGUUGAUCUGAACGGAGAUGGGCGAGUGGACUUUGAAGAGUUUGUCAGGAUGAUGUCUCGCUGA